AUGUUUAAAAGAAAAGCUUUAUUAAGUAAAUGGAAGAUGGAGUUCAGGCACACGCAAGCACUUUGCAUUCCAGCAGUUCACCUGCGCAUGUGUGCAGCCACCAUGCAAGUCAGACAGAAAGACUUCGAAAAGGCUCAAGGACAACUGAAGCUUUUGAAAAAGGAUCCUGGGAAUGAAACUAAGCUGAAGCUCUACGCUCUGUUUAAACAGGCUACUGAAGGUCCCUGCAAUUCUCCAAAACCAGGUGUGCUGGACUUUGUCAAGAAAGCCAAGUGGGAUGCAUGGAAUUCUCUUGGCAGUUUGUCUCAGGAUAAUGCCAGACAGAAAUAUACUGAACUUGUCUCAAGUUUAGUCUCUGCAGAAUCUGCUGGCCAGAAGAAAGAUGCUUCUGCAGAAGAGAGCAGACAUGAUGGCUAUGAAGCAAUACUAGUUACCACCAGAAACAAUAUCACAAAAAUAAUGUUUAACCGACCUGAUAGGAAAAAUGCCAUCAACCAGAAGAUGUACAGAGAAAUUAUCAAAGCACUUGAAGAAGCUGGAAAAGAUGAUUCUACCAUAGCAGUUAUUACUGGAAAUGGAGACUACUAUAGUAGUGGAAACGAUCUGAAUAAUUUUACUAAUAUCCAGCCCAGUGAAAUGGAGAAGAUGGCAAAAGAUGGAGCAGAAUUACUGAAAGAGUUUGUGGGUCAUUUCAUUGAUUUUCCUAAACCACUAAUUGCAGUGGUAAAUGGCCCAGCGAUUGGAGUCUGCGUAACAGUCCUUGGGUUGUGUGACAUUGUCUAUGCUUCUGACAGGGCUACAUUUCAGACCCCAUUUAGUCAACUUGGACAGAGCCCAGAAGGAUGUUCCUCUUACCUGUUUCCAAAAAUCAUGGGCUUAGCCAAGGCAAAUGAGAUUUUGCUUUUCAGUAAAAAGCUGACUGCAGCAGAAGCCUGUGCCCAAGGGCUUGUGACUGAAGUCUUCCCUGACAGGACUUUCCAGAAGGAAGUUUGGGCGAGAUUAGAAGCUUAUGCAAGCCUUCCCAAAAAUUCCUUGGCAGUGUCAAAGCAACUGUUACGAAGUAUUGAAAAGGAGAAGCUCCAUACAGUCAACAGUAAAGAGUGUGAAGUCCUGAAGGAGAGGUGGUUAUCUGAUGAAUGUAUAAAUGCUAUUGUCAGCUUCUUUCAGAAGAAAUCAAAACUCUAAUCUUCACCUGUAGAAUAAUUCACCUUCUGACAGUAGCUUAAUCUUAUCGUUAAUAAACUUUCUCUUCAAGUAAGAAUUCUUAUACCUUUUGAUGUGGUAUAUUUCUGUUCUGAGCACUGCGUUAAAACUGGUUUAUAAAAUUAAUACAAUGUUAUGUGCCUUGGAUCCAUUGUGGAUAUUUAGGUUGGGGGGAAAAAAAGUUCAUUAUUCUGUAGAAGGCAGUGAUGUUUCUGAGCAAACCUAAAGCAGACUGUCUUUCAAAAGAAGGAACAUUCAAUAGCAGCAUAUUUUGAUAGCUCUUCAGUAAAUGUCUGAUGAGUGGUUCUUUUUAUUCAUUUGUGGGGAAGGAAAUACUGUAUUAAUGAAGAAAUAAAUAGAAGUAUUUAA